ACAGCUUUAUGAAAAUUAUCAACGAAAAUCAAGCCAUUCUGUAUCGAUAGUUCUUUUUUACAUAUGGCUUGCUGGUGAUUUACUCAACUUGGCGGGAACUAUUUUACAGGAGUUGUUACCAACCGUGAUCUACCUUGCCAUAUAUUAUGUCCUAUCAGACAUUGUCAUAAUAUUACAAAUUCUUUAUUAUCGUCGUCCUCGUAGAAAUACGUUUUAUACUGGAUUGAUUUACGACUCACCCAUAGAUUCAGAAUCAGCACCCUUACUACCUGAACGAUCUAAUUCACAAAUACCCACAAACAAUUCAAAAAUAGGACGAUCAUUGAAAAUUUUAUUUGGAAUAAUAGGUGUUUUCUUAACUGGUGUUAUCAUUUAUUAUUUCUCCUCUUUAUCUCGAUGCGCCAAUCCAUUAGAUGUGAAAGGAGGAUUUAACAUAUUGAUCAAAGAUGAUAGUAACAUGCCAUUGCAUAUGAAAUUGCUGCCUCAAAUCUUGGGAUGGUGCAGUGCAGUUUUCUAUCUUAGUUCAAGAAUUCCGCAAAUUAUCAAAAAUCACAAAUCAAAAUCUACUGAAGGAUUAUCAUUGGGCAUGUUCUGUUUCAGUUCUUUAGGCAAUACCGCGUUUUGCUCGUCAAUACUUUUAUACUCAAUGGACUAUGAGUAUUUACUUAUAAAUUUACCUUGGCUGCUGGGCAGUGGUGGAACUUUAUUUUUCGAUCUCAUC